AAUGGCACCCAUCACUACCCUUGUCAUCUUCCUUAUCUCUUCACUUCGUUUUCUUUUAAAUCCUCAGCCAAUUAACGGGUUCACUUCUGCAGAAAUUCCCAUGCCGUAUCCGCCAUUGGGUUUUGGUUUUUUGCACAUCCACCCACAUGCUCUCUCCAUUCUGUAAUUGAUGUCCCAUCAUCACUUGCAGGCUCUCCAUUCAGACAUAUCACAUGGCAGCUGCUUCCUUUGGAUGCAUGAAUCCCUCCCCUCCCAUGCUUGAAUCCAGCUGUUUUUUAUUUUGGGAUUUGGAGAAUCGGAUUCAUGGAGAAGAGAAAUCUCAUUUUAAAUUCUCCCUUUCAUUUCUUAUUCAUAUUUUUAUUACGGCGCCAUAGUGUUGAAAUGACAACCAUCGUUAUUUGUCUUUUUCUCGGGAUAAAAUGAAUACAUUGUAAAUUUUUGGUAAUUUGGGAAGACAUUGAAGCAAUCUUUAGAUGUAAAGAGCUUUGCAAAUUGAGGGUUAGUUCGAAGAAUAUGUGUACUUUUACCAAAAAAAAUUUUCUGGGCGAAUGUUUUGUUACAAUAUGAUUCUAUGGAGUCAGCGCUGGAUGUUUUAACAUCUGACGCUGUCGACGUAACAAAGUAAAAAAGAUAUUUUUUCUUCUACUUUUCUAUUCGUCUUGGGCUAUCUUCAUUCAAAUAUAUAUAUUUAGUUAGUUAUUACAACCUAAAGAAGAAGUUGAAUACUUGAAGUUCAAUUCGCGUAGCGCGCGCGCGAGAGAGAGACAGAGAGAUGCAUCUAUGGCCAUCGAUGAGGAUCAGGGACUCAUUCAAGAUUGGUUACCUGAGAAACCUCGAGUGGAACCUUAAUAGAAUGAAAAGCGAAAAGCCGGAGCCUUCAAACAGUCAGAAACUGUUGAGUAAUGAAGAACCGGUUACCAAAGGAAGAGAAUCUGCGACACCCAGUUCAGAGAUUCGUGGUGGGGCACUUGCGGUGUGCAGGGAGAUUGUGAUGCUUCUCUCGUGCUGUUAUUGCUGUUUCUGCUGUGGAGCUUGCAUUGAUGAAGAUGAGAAGUGAAGCAGUAUUUGGCAGCGCAUUUGGUUGUUCAAUCUAUCCUGGAAAUAACCAGAUUGCAUAAAUUGGAAAUUAGCAAAUCUUCUUCUGUACAGGUUUUGUUACAAGCAUGUUAAAUUAUAAACCAGAUUUCUUUUUGUUUUUUGUCCAAAGUAUAAAUUUGCUAUGUAUCUUGAUGAAUACUGGUACUUUCUAAUUAAGUAUAACACGUUCCUCACUAUUUUGUG